AUGUUAAAGAAUGCUGCAUUUGACGGUAUCCUGGGUAUGGCAUGGGACUCAAUUGCUCAAGAUCACAUCGCACAACCGAUGGAUCAAAUUUUCGAACGUCCGGAAUGUGCUCAGAAGUUGUUCGCGUUCUAUUUGAGCCGAGAUGGUACCACAAUAAAUGGUGGAGAGUUGACGCUAUGUGGCAUUGAUGAAAGCCGCUAUACGGUUGCAUUUUGUUGUUUAAAUUUGUAG